CAGUCUGAGCAGCAUCUCUGAGGUCCUGCAGCUCAGGAGGAAAGAGCUGCCUGGAUGUGAGGAAGAGAAGGAAACAGCUGACUCAGGAAGUAGACGUUUUGUUUUUAUUUGUGAGUCAGUGGGUUUGCGCCUUUGGUGUUUUUGGUCUGAUCUGGAGCACCAUGAAGAUGCUGUGGACCUGGAUGAUGAUGACGAUGACAAUAAUGAUGAUGGGACUCUUCCUCUCAGGUGUGAUCGGAGCUUCAGAACUAGCCUUUCUUACAGAGCCCAGUGAUGUCAUUGCUGUCAGGGACAACCCUCUGAUGCUACACUGCCAGGUUGAAGGGGAAGGGCCUAUCACCAUCACCUGGAGACGGAAUGGUGUUCCCGUGGCAACAGGUGUCAGAGCAGCUUUGCUCAGUAACGGAACAUUACUCAUCAGGAACUUUUCCAAGAGACGGGAGAGCAACGACACCGAUGCAGGAGAGUACGACUGCGCCGCAGAAAAUCGUUAUGGGAUGUUAAUCAGCCGUAAGGCACGCGUUCAGCUGGCCUCUCUCCCAAAGUUCCUGUCUCACCCUCGGUCACUCGCUGUGGAUGAAGGGGGCGUGGCUAGACUCAGCUGCCAGGUGAACGGGAUCCCAGAGGCCAACAUUACCUGGCAGAGAGACAGACUCCCACUGAGUACCACUGACCCCAGGUACACUCUGCUUCCUAACGGAGUUCUGCAGAUCACCAGUGUUCAGCGCUCUGACAGCGGCCUGUUUCGCUGCAUCGCCUCAAACAUCGCCAACACACGCUAUAGUCAUGAGGCCCAGCUGUCCAUCACUGGUCCAGUUGCAGGUUCUAGAACCUACAAGGAGCCUAUCAUCCUGUCUGGACCUCAGAACCUCACUAUCAAUAUCCACCAGACUGCCAUCCUAGAGUGCAUCGCCACAGGGAAUCCGCGUCCCAUUGUGUCCUGGAGUCGCCUUGAUGGGAGGUCCAUCGGGGUGGAGGGGGUCCAGGUUCUUGGAACAGGGAACCUGAUGAUCUCAGAUGCAACGCUGCAGCAUUCAGGAGUUUAUGUUUGCUCGGCCAACAGACCGGGCAGCAGGUCCAGAAGAACAGCGCAUGGGCGUCUCGUGGUUCAAGCUCCUCCAGAGUUUGUGCAGUGGCCUCAGUCUGUCUCCAGACCAGCAGGGGGCAGCGCAGUCUUCAGCUGCAUGGCCACCGGCGUCCCAGAGCCACAUCUUAUCUGGCUGAAAAAUGGCAAACUUCUGACUCCUAGUGGAAAUGUCAAGCUUACCAAUGGAAACACUACACUUGCCAUUACUCGCAUCACUCCUGAGGAUGAGGCCAUCUAUCAGUGCAUUGCAGAGAACAGCGCAGGUGCCAACCAGGCCAGUGCCCGUCUUGCGCUCAGUCAAGGGCCUGACCUCCCUGAGGCCCCCACUGGGUUCCGGGCUGCAGCACUCAGGCCUAACAGCCUGCAACUGACCUGGGACAAACCAGACCAACAAAUGGAUCAGCAGAUCAUCGGAUAUGUCUUGCACAUCAGGAGGCUGGGAGAGCCGGACAGUGCCGAGCUGCAGGAGGCUGUCGAUAAAAACAGCUUUAUGCACGACUUCAACAACCUGGAAGCUGCCACUACCUACUCUAUCUACCUGAAGGCCUACUCUGCACAGGGGGGCAGUCAGCAGACCAGCGCCAUCAGGGCCACCACAUUGGGGGGAGUUCCCAGUCCUCCCAGUUUCUUCACUAAGGUAUUGAACCAGUCAGCCAUGCAGGUGUACUGGGAGCUGCCCAGUAAACCAGGAAAGGUAGAAGGCUUCAGACUAGAAUACCAUGAGGUUUCCAACCCAGAUGUCAAAGGACAGGACACCUUUCCUGAACACAUCAACACCCACACUAUCUCCCACUUGGAGCCAGCAGCAGUUUAUGAGAUCCAGUUGGUGGCGUUUAAUGGAAACGGAGACAGUCCGUCCACCCGCCGUUUGGUGUCUCUGUCAGAGGAUCAGGUUUCUGCCACAGCUGGUCAGACCUGUAACUGCGACCAGGCUGCUGGAUCCAUGUCCACUCUACUUAUUGGCAUUCACAGCGGCUUUGCCUGCAUCCUCUGCUGCCUGCUGGUUGUUCUGCUGGUCUACAGACGCAGUUUCUUCUGCAGGACGACAGCCAGCUGGGAGACUCCGACAACUCUUAAUGAUGUCAGACGUUCUAAAGGUGAUACACCUGAGAGCAAUGAGCUGAGCCAGAGAUGUGACUCCACCCCUCCUCCAGUGAUGGUCAUGAUGGAGUCAACCCUAUCUGCUGCAUCCUCAGGUGCUGGAUGAUCCAACACCCCUGGACCCUGAUACCCCUGAACCUUGAUCCCCCCCCCCCCCCCCCC